UUGAAAAGGAGAGCACGCGUGCGCCGCAACCACAGUUGAGGCGGCAGGAUGGACGGCGACAAUUCUGAUAAGCAGGAGGAGGCCUGAAAUCGACAUCGGAACGAGAUGACGAGGAAAUGAAUCACCCAGGAAACAGAUGAACCGCGCGCCGAAUGACUGGCUAAACGCCGCAACAUAUCUAUACAACCGGAAUAAACUGGACUUGCAAUGAAGAUUAACCAAGGCUAACCAUGCUAUGCCUUAGCUUUCACUACGUCCUGGCAUAGCCGAGUUAAGACACUUCCAUUUUUUUACCUAAACUUCACGAAACAAAAAAAAACACCCGUCAUUGAAACUCUGCUUUGCUUGCAAUGAAAGCUUCUGGACACGUGAACAAUGACUAGUAAACAAAAAAAAAAUAUUUCCACUCAAAAGGUAACGUGGCCGAUAUGCUUGUGACAGAGUGUUCUCGCGUGCAUUGUAUGACAAGUGUUCUAUAGGCGCAGAAAUGUAUACCGGCCGGCAUCUCUUUACUCUAUUGUUUUACUGGAUCGGAACUUUCUACCGAACCGAAGCUAAUUACCAGAGCACAUUCUAUUGUCAUAGUUUCAUCGCGCCUCUAAUAGCAUCAGUUCUCUCUCCGUGUACUUUUCCAUGUAUAUGCCUCUCGCCAGAAGGAAUUUCAGCAAUGAUUGUCAUAUGGGAGCCCGAUGGAACCCCUUGUAGGGUUGGUCACUGCAAAGGAGGUGCUUGUCUCGAACUUUGGAAUUUUUCAAGAGCGAGACUUCACCAUCACCCCAGAAAGGAAGAAAGUCACCGUGGCCCUAUUGCCGGCUCUCGUGACCGAAGUAGUAGCACUUCUGGCAUAACUAGCGUCGGCAGCACUAGUACAGCUGUUAUCAAAGAGAUUGCAACGGUGCAACGUGCUGGCAAACUUUACGUCAAUCGAGGAAAAGCCAUAGAUACAGGCGUUUUCCCCAGCAGUGGAGGCAGUGUACCUGUACGAAGUAUGAGCAGAUUCCGUGCAAAAAGAGCAGCAAAACACCGAGCAAAGGCACAAGGGGAGCGAAAGAAAAGCAAAUUGAACGUCCUGCCAUGGUUUUUGAGUAAAAGGCGCAAUAAUAGCUCAGUUCAGGCUACUGAUAAUAGAAAAAUCAAUGACGCCCAAAGUUUAGGAGGAACCAGCGGCAGUGGAGGUGUGGGAUAUCCACCGAGCGCCACUGGUUUCGCCAGCCCGAACGUCUACGGUGGGGCAGUCCCUGGAAUUAAGAACGGCUAUGGUGGCCACCCCCCUUACGGCAAUAGCAUGAGACGCCGCAGCCGCUUUAGCUUACCGCCUGGCGUUGGUCUUAUAUUAAGCAUGACUGCUUUGAAUGCCGGUAUUCAGAUUGCAUCCGAAGGCGCAAAAGCGGGUAUCAGAAGUCGCGCUAAUAAAGCGGCUGGCGUUAGCGGAAGUGCUAUCAACGCAGGCCCCACCGAAAGCGCAGUAAAACCAGGCGGCAUUGAUAAUCUUGACAGUGAUAACACUCCUUCUCAAGAGAGAAAUAACGCUGAAACAAAUAACAGAGAAACUGAUGGUGAAAAGGGUGGAGAGGGUGUGAGCGCUGCCGGUUCGAAUGACGUCGAUAGAAAGCCUGAAAGCAACAAAGAAAAUGAAACGAACUCUAGAGGAAAUGACCAGAAAGCACAUGUCAGUGCCCAUGGUAAUGCUGCAAGCACAGGAAGCGUAGGCGGCAGUGGCGAUGUGGCAGGCGCUAGCACUGCUGCUACGGGGGCCAAUGGCACUGCAGCUACUGACCGAAAGGCUGGCAAGAUUGAUGCGUCUGGCUCUGCUCGCAGCGAGGAUGGAAGUGCUGCUGGCACUAACAGACUCAACACGAGGCCUGGCAUCUGCAAUGCAAAUGGAAGUAGCUCUUGUAACGAGAACGGUGGUGUCAAUGCCCCUGGAAACAGUGAUGACACGAAAAUCAUCCACAAAUCGGGGGCCGAGUCAGAUUCUGCAAAACAUCAUCAGACGGUGACGCAGAUCCAUGUAGGGCGAUCAACUGUGUCCGUGACGAUAACGUCGAGCUGAUGGCAACAUUGUGACGGAGACAGUGGCCUGACGACUGGUUUAUUGUACUUGGUAUGGUAUGGUAUGAUAAAACUUUAAUGA